GUUUCUCUUCCUAUUUUCGCAGCACAGUAUGCUAUAUCACCUUCGUUUGGAGGAUGUGGUGGAUGUCCGAUGCCUAUGUGCCAACCGCGACCAGUUUGCCCUCCACCUCCGUUGCCGAUGUGCCCGCCGCCUCCGCCAUGUCCCCCACUGUAAGUUGUGGUUACGGUAUUUAAAAGAAAAAAGGAAACUCUGUGCGUAUUUUGCAAUAUGAGC